CGAAACGGACGCGUUGCGCUUGGCUAACGGUGAACGGAAGACUAACGGUUGAGAUACCACCCACGUUCGUAAAUUGGGGAUCUCUGUAAUCCUCAAACUGUUUUGGAAAUAUUGUAACUGUGCAAUUUGUGUAUUAUUUAAAGAUCAAACAUCGAUCAGCAAUCAGAAAAAUUAAAAAAUUAGUUGUAAAUACUAAAAGACAACAAUCGCAUUUUAAACAACUGUGCAAUAGUUAUAUCAUUUGAGUGUCAUGCAUUUUAAUGAAAAACUAACAUAAGACAGAACAAAAAGGAAAAUCUAUUGUAUAUUUUACAAGAGCUCGAGGAGCAGCAGUCCCACCUGAUAAUUACCACCUGCCACCCCAUUCGGAGCCCCGACUGCCCGAUUGCAAUCAUGACGAGCAUCUCGGCACUGCUCCACCGGAGCCACAGCCACAGCAAUGGGUACACGAGCAGCGGGAGCAGCAAUCACAGCCACAGCAGCAGUCUCUCACCGCAGUUGCCCGGCAUCAGUUUGGGCUUGGGAAUGGCGCCCGGUGGUUUGGGAUCGGUAAACAGCACAACACCACCGCCACCACCACCACCGCUCCCGCCGGCUGACCUCGCCAUGCCAGCGGCAACAACUGCCCCACCAGUGCCACCUAAACUGCACCACCAUCCCCAUUCCCAUGCGCAUCCCCACCAUCAUCACAGUGCCAAUUCCCACCCGAACUCCAACUCGAACUCCAAUUCUGGAUCCCAUCACAGCCACGACCACAUUAAGCGGCCAAUGAACGCCUUCAUGGUGUGGUCGCGGGGGCAGCGCCGCAAAAUGGCCCAGGACAAUCCCAAAAUGCACAAUUCCGAAAUAUCGAAGCGUUUGGGCGCCGAGUGGAAAUUGCUCACCGAAGGACAAAAGCGUCCAUUCAUCGACGAGGCAAAACGAUUGCGGGCCCUCCACAUGAAAGAACAUCCCGACUACAAGUAUCGGCCGCGUCGCAAACCCAAGACGCUCAACAAGUCACCGGUGCCAGGUGGAGGAGGUGGUGGUGGUGCUGGUGGUGCAGGAGGUGGUGCAAAUGGAGCAGGUAACCCAGGUUCUGGGGCACCAGGAUCGGUGGGUUCCCCCAAGGACAUGCAGCCGCAGCUUUCGCCUUUAAGCCAAUCGCUGCCCCACCUGCAUGGACAUCCCCACCAGUCGUCGUAUCCACCGCAUCCGCACCACCCGCAUCCCCACCCACAUCACGUCCAGCUGGCCGCUGCUACGUUGAGUGCCAAGUAUGGAUUUGGUUCACCGCUGGAGUUGUCCCUGCCCCGCCUACCGAACGCCUUUCCCGGACUCGCCCACUAUCCACUGGAUCCCACGUUGGCCCUGGAUCUCCAGGCUCGCCUGCAGGCCAUGUACGCCGGGUCCAUCUACCAUCCGUGGCGAUAUCUGCCGCUGAUCAGUCCGGAAACACCACCCUCCCCGCCCAGCAGCAGUGGAACCGGAAUCUCCUCCUACGGAUGCGUCAAGUCGGAGAAGUCCUCGCCAAAUGCAGUGGUGACCGCCACUUCGAGUCCGCCGAACAUCAUUUGACCGACUCCUUUGCGCUUCGGCGCCGGCAACUCAUCAUCCGCUGAACAUGUGGUCUGAAGUGUGUGAGCAAGAGCAGAGAUAAUCCAAAGGGGAUUGGAUAUAUAAAUGGAUUGUAUACCCAGCGGAUCCAUCACGGAAUCGGCCACUUGGUCACCCCGCCCCGCAAGUUAAAAGUCCUAAUGUUAGAACUUAGUGUUAGUCGAAUAUUUGUGUGUGUCUUCAGUUGCAGCAGGAGUUAUGUUUCGGGUUCUGAUUUAAGAUCUUCUAGGUUAUUUUUUGUUAUUUAAAAAAAGGUGCCAAUAUAACGAUUUAUGUGCCAAAAUAAUAUAUUUGCUUUCUUAUUUUAGAAAGAUGAAAAUUUAAUUAAGGAUGUGCGUUUAAUGACAUUCACCAACAUCAUUUUUCAUUUAUACCUACUUUUGCUUAAAACUUUUAAUAGUAUCAUAUAAUUUUAUAAGCUUUAUAUAAUUUAUUUUUACUCCUUUUUUUCUUGAUUCACCGCACUCUACAAACAAAUUCCAGAACCCAAACCAAUUGCUUUUUAGGUCUUUAGUGCAUUAGAUUUGUUAAGGCAUCGAGAACAUGUCCAAUUUUAUGUAAUAUAUGAUUGUAAAACUAUACUUUAAUGUGAUAAACGAAAGCGAGCAGAACACUAAUUAAAAAACUGUGAGAAAAUAAACG